UUGUUAAAAGAAUUCUUAUCUCGAAGCAAUUCUCAAAUUUGUCUACCUGUGUAUCAAAAGGCAUUGUCUGAGAAUGUAAAGAGUUAUUUAUAAUAAGAAAUCUUUCAAGAACAAUAUUUCAACGGACGACUCAUAAAUAUCUAAAAUCAAUGGAAUCCCCAGUAUGACAAUUUAACGUGGUCACGAUUUUUAUAACCCUGUCCAGUAUUAUACAGAGUUGAAGCCUUCAUCGAGAUCAUAGAAACAAGAUGAGGCCUACCCUUGUCUGCUUGACUGUUUUGUGCGGGUGUCUGCUGGUGCAGGCAAGAUCAUCAACACCAAAGAAUGGAGAGGAAAAAGAUGCAUUGAAUCGUCUUGAGCGUGUCCUCAAAAAUCUAGAAAAGCAAGGCAUUGGGGAUAACAAAGAGUUUGAACGACGAGAACACCUGCUUCGGGACAGUGACAAUGAAAAUGGUGAGCGUCAACGACCCCCACCAUGCGUUGCUGAUGAUGAAGAUUGCGAACGACGACAACCCCCACGUGAUGAACGUCAAAGCGAUCGAGAUGAACCUAGACGCAGGCCUCCUCCUCGAGCUCUUGGCCAACGUGAAAUUGAAGAAAGUAGCAAUCAACAAAAACCUCCACAACGUGAUGAACGUCAAGGCGCUAAAUUCAUGUAUGAACCUAGAUGCUGGCCUCCUUAUUGUGGCCAACGUAAACGUAAAGAAAAUAGCGAACGACGGCAACUCCUACAACGUAAAAAACGCCAAAACGAUCAAGAUGGAUCUAAACGCAGGCCUCCUUCUCGUGGCGAACAUGAAAUUGAAGAAAGCACCAAUCGACAAAAACCUCCACAACGUGAUGAACGUCAAAGCGCUAAAUACAUGUAUGACCCUAGACGCAGGCCUUUUGUUCGUGGCCAACAUAAAAAUGAAGAAAAUAGCAAACGACGGCAACCCCUACAACGUGAAGAACGUCAAAACAAUCAAGCUGGACCUAUACGCAGGACUCCUUCUCGUGGCGAACAAGAAAUUGAAAAAAGUAGCAAUCGACGAAGACCUCCACAACGUGAUGAACGUCAAAGUGAUCGAGAUGAACCUAGCAUUGGGGAGAACAAAGAGUUUGAACGACGAGAACACCUGCUUCGUGACGGCGACAAUGAAAAUGGUGAGCGUCGACGACCCCCACCAUGCGUUGCUGAUGAUGAAGAUUGCGAACGACGACAACCCCCACGUGAUGAACUUCAAAGCGAUCGAGAUGAAGCUAGACGCAGGCCUCCUCCUCGAGCUCUUGGCCAACGUGAAAUUGAAGAAAGUAGCAAUCGACAAAAACCUCCACAACGUGACGAACGUCAAGGCGCUAAAUUCAUGUAUGAACCUAGAUGCUGGCCUCCUUAUUGUGGCCAACGUAAACGUAAAGAAAAUAGCAAACGACGACAACUCCUACAGCAUGAAGAACGCCAAAACAAUCCAGGUGGACCUAAACGCAGGCUUCCUUCUCGUGGCGAACAUGAAAUUGAAGAAAGUGGCAAUCGACGAAGACCUUCACAGCGUGAUGAACGUCAGAACGAUCGAGAUGAACCUAGAUGCAGGCCUCUUACUCAAGGCGAACGUCAAAAUAGGGAGUGACGAUCGGAAAAGAAACCCCCUCAUCUUCUUCAAUUCAUUGAAAAUACUACGUAUUUUUAACUUACAAUAACAAAGCAUAGGUUUUUAAGUAUUUUAGGUCUUAUACUUUUAAUAUUUACCAAAUUCAUCUUUAGUAAUAUUCGGGGUAUUGUUAAACUUUUGCUUUUUUGUACACACUGACAGAGGAAAGGUGGGUCGAACCAUAUAAAUAUCUAUCUGUUUACCUUAUACCACUCGCUGAUAAAGCAAAAUAUCUAUGCCUGUAUUAUCCUGAUUAUAUCCUAACUUACACUCAUUUAAAUAUGUAACUGUAUUGAAUAAAUAUUUUUUUCGGCAUUGUUUACACUUCAUUGCGAUGAUUUGUCUCCCGACAUUGAUCUUCUCUGUGAAACAUGCUUGUGACGUCAUCAAUGAUAAUUAUACGCAAAACAGAGAAAUCGAAUAUAUAUUCUGUAAAUAGAGUUUCUAGUGACCCUUUACGCCUGUAGUUUUAUA